GCGCGUCGCUCCCACGUCCCCGUAGGGCUCCCGCCUCGCGCCACCGCUCGUGGCGCUCAGUCCACCCGUCCGGUAGCUGGCCCGAUGGCGCCCCAACGAAGGGGAGCGCCCAAGACGCCCGAUGGCAGCGGAGCGGCGGAAAGGCUGCGGCCUAGCAGCACCAGGAAGGACCGGGCCCAGCAGGAGGCCCCGAGGAGGGGGCUGAAGACCGCCGUGCUGGGGGCCUGCGCCACACUCACCGCGCUCCUGCUCUGGAGCCGUAUGGGGGGCGACGAUGGCGUCACCGAGGUCCUAGCCCACCGCAUGGAGGUCCUGCCAGGCAGGUUCAUUGAAGUACCCUGCUCUGAGGACUAUGACAGCCACCGGAGUUUCGAAGGGUGCACCCCUAGGAAGUGUGGCCGUGGCAUCUCAGACGUGGUCAUCAGCAGGGAGGAGGCAGUGCAGAUCCGCAGCAUCGCGGAGAAGGGCUUGUCCCUGGGAGGAUCAGACGGUGGGCUUCCAUCUUUCCAGGCCUCCAUUCUGGACCUGCACUCGGGGGCCCUGUCUGUGGGGAAGCACUUCGUGAACCUCUACAGGUACUUUGGGGAUAAAAUACAAAGUGUCUUCUCAGAAGAGGACUUCCAGUUAUACCGGGAUGUGCGGCAGAAAGUGCAGCUCACCAUCGCUGAAGCCUUUGGCAUCAGUGCAUCCUUGCUGUACCUGACGAAGCCCACCUUCUUCUCCCGGAUCAACACCACGGAGGCCCGGACAGCACAUGAUGAGUACUGGCAUGCGCACGUUGACAAGGUGACCUAUGGCUCCUUUGACUACACCUCACUGCUGUACCUGUCCGACUACCUGGAGGACUUUGGCGGAGGACGAUUCGUGUUCAUGGAGGAGGGAGCAAACAAGACGGUGGAGCCGAGAGUUGAAGAUCUGGUGGUACAAUGGUUAAAACACUCAGCUGCUAACCAAAGGAUCAGCUGUUCAAACCCACCACCUGUUCCACAUGAGAAAGAUGUGGCAGCCUGCUUCCGUGAAGAUUACAGCCUUGGAAAUCCUAUGGGGCAGUUCCAUUCUGUCUUAUGGGAUCGCUAUGAGUUGGAGUCAACUCAACAGUGGCCGGGUCUCCUUCUUCACCUCGGGGUCCGAGAACCUGCACCGGGUGGAGAAGGUCCUCUGGGGCACACGCUACGCCAUCACCAUCGCCUUCACCUGCAACCCCGACCACAGCAUCACAGACCCUACCUUCACGUAGCCAGCGGGGCCCUGGGGAUGGUGUUAGAGUCUUGUCCACGUGCCCCGGCUCAAGAACAAGCCCACCGAGGGGGCUUCUGGACCACACUGAGUGCCCCCUGCCAUCUUAGCCCAUCCCACUGCACAGAGUGCCUUAAGGGUUAGCCGGAGUUUGAUUUGCUAAUGUUUUCAUUUCUCUCACCUGUGAGUAAAUUUGGGGAGCAAGCAUCUCACUUCACAAGCAUCUGUGUGUUUACUUUGGGAUGAUGUUGACCAGGAGCCCCUGACUCACCCCUCCUUCCUCAGGAAUCUGGGGUGGAACAGACAGAACUGUGUGCUGGACCUUGUCCUGUUUCAAUGCUACCCUGGCCUGAGGACAGACGAAGCACCGCAAACUUGUGCAUGGGUGAUGUUGGGGUGACCAUGAGGCAAGGUCAGCCAUUCAGCGACCCCUUGGAGAAGGUUCCAGACAGCUCUAGAGGCCGCGAAGGUCGUUCUUCCAGGGUGAGGGCCGAUUCUGCUGGGUCCAAGUGGGGGUAAAGGUCUAAAUGCUUGAAUGGCUGAGUCCGUGCCCUCACCACCACAGCCACAAGCCCACCCUGGCCUGGCUUUAUGGUGCAUGUGACCUUGCUGUUGGGAUGAACUCCUGCCCCACCUCCCAGGUGGCAGAGGUGGCCAGUCUCCAGGUGCAAUGAGACCUGUGAAAGCGAGGCCAUGUGAGGUCAUGGGAUGUCUGAGCUCCAGGGGCACAACGGGCUUUCAGUUGACAUCCGUCGUUGUGUCAGAUGUCUGCCCCAAGCUCUGAGUAAAAGAGGGGGAAAGUCUCAAAACAGGGUGAGCAGUCGGCAUGAGCAGGAGAGACACGGGCAACCGAAUCCAAGGGGGGCGACUGGACUGGGAGAUGCUGUCGUGGAGGCCUAUGGAGGCCCAGGACAGGGCACCAGGGCGAGAUGAAGGGGGGAGGAGGUGGCCCAGGGAGGAGGGAAAUCCCAGGAGAAGGUGACCCCAGGAUAAGGUGACCCAGGAGGAGGUGAUUGGGAGUAGGUGACCCCAGGGAGGAGGUGACCCCAGGGAGGAGGUGACUCCAGGGAGGAGGUGACCCAGGAGAAGGUGACCCCAGGGAGGAGGUGACAUUGAGAGGAGGUAACUGCAGAGAAUCAGUGGACCCUAGGCUGGCCUGACGUGCUGGCCACGUCUGAGCGGCAAUGAUGGCUUAGAUGGAGGUCCGAGAUGUCCCCGAGGUGGAAGGAAGCCACCAGAAAAGAAGCCAGAGUGCUGCCCAGAACCACCCUGGCCUCCUUAUGGUCUGUCCGGCCUGCACUCAGCACCCAGGCCACCUCUGUGUCCAGGACUCUGAGUGGGAAGGGCAGCAGGUCAGCCUGAGGACAGGGAUUCGGGAACAGGGCUCCCUCUGAAGUCUAGCCGGUACCAGGAGAGGCCUGGCAUGUGGCCAGCUGGACAGGGCAGGUGUCUGGGCCUGCUGUCCACCUCACUUCCUGUGCUACCGCUGCCACCUACCUACCAGCCUACCCCUCGCAUGGCUCUGGGGCUUGAGCACCCCAGUUUGGUGGUUUGUGGGUGGAUGGGGGUUCAGGCCAGAAUCUGGAGCCCCUGGUGCCCUCCAUGUGGGGAUGGGGCUCCCACCUCCUCCCACAGGCCCCCCCCACCCCAUGGCAGGGUGUGACGUAGGGGCCCUCGGUUCUGUCCUGGGGCCAGGGAGCCUGUGGCCACACCCCAGUUGGCUCUCAGGUGGCUGUUCCAGGCGUAUCAGGUGGUCCAUUGUGCAAAUGGGCAAACUGAGGCAGAGUACUGAUACAUGCUACCACAUGCAUGAGCCUUGGAAACUUCAUGCCGAGUGAAAGAACUCAUGUGUAUGAGCUGUCCAGAACAGCCAAAUCCACAGGGGCAGGAGAUGGAUUAGUGGUGGGCUGGGGCUGGGAGUGGGGCCCACUGCUAGUGGGCUUGGGGGAGCACUGUGGGGUUGUGGAGACCGUGCACAGCUCUACAGUGGGCUGCAAAGCAUCGUGCACGCUUUAAGCAGGUGAGUUUCCUGGUGGGUCAUUGUACCUUCAUAAAGCUAUUUUAAAAUACCUGUUCAAACCGCAGGAGCCCUGACGUAUUCAGGUCAUGGAUGGUGUUCAGUCUUGCCCGUGUGCCUGCACCAUGUCAGCCCCUCCCCAGGUGCCCCCUGUCCAUCUCGCCCCAUCCAAGCCUUUCUCCCCCCAUCCAGGCCCUUCUCCCAAUCCAGCCUGCCCUGACCUUGCCUCGGCCCAGAACUCCCUCCAUCCUGUCCUUGCCAGACCGGGGUGUGCUGCUUCACACCCUUGACAGCCACAGAGCCUUGGGUGGGCCAGACUGGGGCCUGAGGGCAAGGUGGGGGCUGGCAGGCAGGGGACCCACAGGACACAGCCUGGCCUCGAAGCAGGGGCGGGAUGCCCGUGGGCUUCGUGCCUGCAGCUCUCAAGCCAGAGGAGGCCUCCAUCCAUCACCGUCCUGGCUGUGCCUGCCCCCUUAUGAGCUGGGCGCCAGAGUGCCCUCUGUGCCCACAGUGCCAGGAGUGCCGGGCGGGGGGGGCGGGGCUGGUUCUGACUCAGGGAGACCAGGGGAGCCUGUGCAGUCUCCGUGUGGCUGUGCGUGAGCGUGUGUGGGCAUGACUGUGUACAUGUGUGAGCGUGUGUGUACGCGUGUGUGAAUGUGCAGGUGUGUGUGCAAGUGUGUACAUGUGUGAGCGUGUGUAUAUGUGUGACUAAACGUGAGUGUAUGUACAUGUGUGAGCAUGUGUGACUACAUAUCAGUGUGCAUACAUGUGAGAGCAUGUGUGACUACGUGUGUGCACAUAUGUGAGCAUGUGUGUGAGUGUGAGGUGUAUACAUGUGACUGUGUACGUGUGUGUGAAUGUGCAGGUGUGAAGGAAUACGUGUGUGUGUACCUGUGUGUCUGUGUGACUGGCCUUUGAACUCCUGAAGCCAGGGCUCUUCCCAGACCCCUGCUCAAAGCCUGGCCCUUCUGGGUCCCCAGCAGCUGCUGGGGAGGGUCCUUGUGGUCUGCAGUGAUUCAGGAUCCUGGGGUGGGGGCAGCGCACGGCUCCCUGCUCAUAUCUAGUGCUGUAGCCACUAAC